AUCCUCCCCCGCCGCUCCCUUUCUCCUCCCCUGCUCCUCACUGCUUGGUUUGGCUGGGGGAAGAGGCGGGUGGCGCUUGGCUGGCCUGGCCUGGCCCGAUUCCCGGGUCUGUCACCAAGAACGUCCUUUGCAGCCAGCGGUCGCCUCCACGCGCGCAGUCACUAAGCUCCCGGCGGCGGUGGCAGCACGGGACACCUCACGUUGCCGGCCUUGUGCUGGUACCAGCUUGAGACAGAUUAAGGAGGAGGGAUUCCGCUACCCGCCUUCCUUCUUUCUUUCUUUCUUUCUUUCUUUCUUUCUUUCUUUCUUUCUUUCUUUCUUUCUUUCUUUCUUUCUUUCUUUCUUUCUUUCUUUCCUUCCUUCCUUCCUUCCUUCCUUCCUUCCUUCCUUUCUCUCUCUCUCUCCUUCCUUCCUUCCUUCCUUCUUUAAGGGGCCAGCUGGAGGAAGAGAGGACUUCGCCCGCCCCAGCCACCUUCAGGGGUGCAAGGCGCACGGGGGUGGGUGGGUGGGGGGUGCGCGCCUGGAUGGGCAACUCCCGCCACCUCCCCUUGCCAGGACACCUUGCCUGACCUCCCUACGGUCCGCUUAAGUCACCCUUUGGAAGGCAGCAGGGGAAGAGCACCCGGCCCAACUUGGCAAGGCAAUUGCAGACCUACCCACUCACCCACCCCGACCACCAAUUCAUGCUGGAUUAUUCUCCCUUGCACAGGUGCCGAUCCAGGAGGAGCAUGAAGCGGGACGAGAGCAAGGAAACCUACAAACUGCCCCACCGGCUGAUAGAGAAGAAGAGACGAGACCGGAUCAACGAGUGCAUCGCUCAGUUGAAGGAUUUGCUCCCAGAACAUCUCAAAUUGACAACAUUGGGGCAUCUGGAGAAAGCCGUAGUUCUGGAAUUAACCUUGAAACACGUCAAAACUUUGACUACCUUAACGGAACAGCUGCAUCAGAAAAUCAUUGCUCUACAGAAUGGAGACAGAUCCCUGAAGUCUCCUCCACAGUCCGACCUGGAUGCUUUCCAUUCCGGAUUCCAAACGUGCACCAAAGAAGUCUUGCACUACCUCUCCCGAUCGGAAAGCUGGACCAGCCAGGAGCAACAUGGCGUCCAGCUGCUCGGUCACUUGCACUCCGUUUGCACUCGCUUCCUGCCCGACUCUCCCCACUUGAUCCAAAAGCUUUGCGGGGCCAAAGGACGGUGGUCUCCCCAGAAGGAACAACAGCAGCAGAAGUGUCCUGGAGGGACCCCGAAGCAGGAGACCCAGCCCCACUGCGUACCGGUCAUCCAGAGGACUCAAAACUGGAGUAGGGGCGCUGCCACCCCCCACCUGCCCCCCAGCGGCACGGAGCAGGCCGGGGAGCACGACACAGACACGGACAGUGGCUACGGCGGCGAGUACGAGGGGAAGACCACACGGGGUGGCUUCGUGGUCAAGCAGGAGCCCGCCGGCGAAGUGGAAGAAGCUCCUGAGGGAGUCAAAAGACGCAGGCUGGAGAACGGCAGCCCCCCCGCAGCGAUGGUGCAGGGGGCUGGGGUUGGGGGGAGGGCAGACCCUGUGCUUCUCAACCCCCUGAUGGCUUUGGGCGUGGGGGCCAGUUGUGGGCUAGGAGGGUCUCUCUUGGGCCAGGCCCCCACCGCUCCCUUCUGCUUGCCUUUCUACUUCCUUGCCCCGUCGGUGGCCGCGGCCUACAUGCAGCCCUUCCUGGAGAAGAUCAGCCCGGAGAAAUCGCUCUACCCCGCUGGGGGGGCUGCCGGCCCCUUCCCCUUCAUUUAUCCUGGGAUUUCUGUUCAAGGAGCUGCUGCUGCUUUUCCUUCCCUUGUCGUGGCCGCACCGGCAGCAACGUUGGCCCCCUCGGCUGAGAAAGGCAGCUCACCUUUGGGGACAGCCCCCUCCUUUCCCACGGGGGUAGCCCCUGAUUCACAGCCCCUGCCCCCCCUUUUCCCCUGCAAGCCGGCUGAGCUAAACACAGACCCGGAUCGUUGCCCUUCUCCAAAGUCUGAUCUUCAGCCCGGCCGGGACCGGCCCUUGCAAGCAAAUGCUAUGCUGUCCAGCAUUUAAUCCCCAGGGAAGUCUCCAUGGGGGGUUUUUUUGCGGGGGGGGGUUCCCACUGUGGGAAGAGAAGUCUAGAUUGACCAUUGAUUGUCUCUAGUUUUUUUUUUUUUUUUAAAAGAGAGAGAAAACAAACGGCUCCCAUCUGUGUCUCCUGCUUUGCAGAGGUCGCUUGGGGCAAAAAAACCCACAACCUUUGGAAAGCUUUUCCUUUCCCUAUGCCGCUAGUCCUCGUUUAGUGACUGUUCAAAGUUCCAACGGCAUUGAAAAAAGCCAUGGAGGACUGUUUCCCCCCUCUUAUGACCGUUGCAGCCUCCCCGUGGUCACGUGAUCAAAAUUCAGACGCUUGGCAACUGACUCGUAUUGACGAUGGUUGCAGUGUCCUGGUCUCAUGUGAUUCCCCCCCCCCUUUUGCAAUCUUCUGACAAGCCAUGGACAAGCCAGAUUCACUUAACAACGGUGUGACUUAACUGCAGGGGUUCACAAAACCACUGUGGCAAGAGAGAUGACAAAAUGGGGGCAACGCUUACCUAACAAGCAGACUCGCUUAACGGUUGUUAAGGGGAGAAGUCUAAGCCAGGGCUUUUCAACCAGUAGUAUGGGUACCACCUAUGGUACAUUGGCACCUGGCAGGUGGUACGCGACCAUCCUAGAAAAGUGGUAGCAGGGGAGGGGAAUGAGCUGAACCGGU